AUGGAUCUGAUUGUAGCAGGCUUGAGAGGAAGGCGAGCCGAUGGCGAAGCAGAUGAGGCCUGCGAGGGCCGAGGGAACGAGGCGGGACUGAGUGUCAAUAGACAGAGCUUAGCUUGGCUGCCGGAAGAAGCUGCUCGGAGUUUGAGGUUGUCGGAGAAAGGUAGAAGUCGAAGACGACUGGAGAAAAAAAGGAAGAAAAAAGGUUGCUGGUCGUAA